AUGCGCCCUCCACUGCGGAUCGCGGUCUUGGAUGCGAAGACUCUCGGUCUGCCUGACCGUCUAGAUCCGGGAAUCGAUCUCCAGAUCUCGAGAUGGGACAUUGUGAGCGGGACUGAAUACCCGCGGCUGGAGGAGAUCGAUGCCGUGCUUCUAAGUGGCUCAAGGUAUAAUUCAUAUGAAGAUGUACCAUGGAUCAACCGUCUCGUGGAAUACACCCAGGCCGUUCUGGCCCAAGAUCGUGUUCGCUUGCUUGGAAUCUGCUUCGGCCACCAGAUCGUGGGACGUGCCCUCGGUGCCCAGGUCGGUCGCAACGAUCGGGGCUGGGAGAUUGCAGUAUGUGAUGUGGACUUGACAGCCAAAGGAAAAAAGCUAUUUGGAAUGGACAAGCUUCGUAUCCAGCAAAUGCACCAGGACAUUGUCUUCGAGUGCCCUCCGCAGGCCACUCUCCUCGGCUCCUCGCCACGCUGCGCUGUCCAGGGCAUGUACUCCCCUCGCCGGUUCAUCACCGUUCAAGGACAUCCCGAGUUCAAUGAGGAGAUUGAAAUUGAAAUCAUCAAGAACCGAACCGAGGUAGGCUUUUUCAGUGAGAACCAAGCACAGGAGGGUCUAAGCAGGGUUGGAAAUGAGCACGAUGGUAUUUCUAUGGGCGCAACCUUCCUCAGGUUCCUGCUGGAAGCUUAA